AUGGCUAUACCUAUCUUUUCUUUCGGGUCUUGGACAUCUGGCUUGUUGAGUCCGUUUUCCUUAUUUUCCUUUAUAUUUAUUUUCUUUCUUUUUUCUUUUUCUUUUCGUUUCUUUCCUUUUCUCUCGUUUUGUUCAUUUUCUUCCAUUCUUUCUUUUUUUCUAUUAUUUUCCUUUUUUUUUCUUUUUCUCGCCUUUAAUCUCUUUCAUUUCUUUGUUCUUUCCUCAUUCUUUUUUUCAUUUUCUUUCUUUUUCCUUUCUUUAGUUUUUACAUUUCAAUGUUCUUUUUUAAAAAAAAAAUUUCCUUUUCUCUUUCUUUCUUUCUUUUUCCUUUCUUUCAUUCUUUUUCAUUUUUUUUCCCUGACUUUAUUUUUUUCCAUUUCAAUGUUCUAUUUUUCACGUUUUUUCUUUCUUUUUCUUUAUUUUCUUCGUCAUUUUCUUUUCUUUCUUUUCCUCUCCUUUAAUCACUUUUAUUUUUUCUUUCUUAAUUCUUUUUCAUUUUAUUUCCUUUUCUUUUCUUUACAAUCUUCUUUUUUAAAUUUUUUCUUUUACUUUUCACUUUCUUUCUUCAUUCUUUUUUCAUUUUCUUCGUCUUCUUUAAUUUAUUCCAUUUCUUUCUUUAACUUUUUCUUUUCUCUUCUUCCUUCAUUCUUUUUCUUUUUCCACAUUCUUUUUCUUUUAUUAAAUCUCUUCUAUUUUUUGUGCUUUUUUAACUUUUCUUUUCUCUUUCUUUCUUUCUUUCUUCCUUUCUUUCUUUCGUUUUCCUUUUUCUGUUUCUUAUCCUUUCUGUUUUUUAUUUAUUGUUCCUUUUCAUUUUCUCUCUUUUUCCUUUUCUUUUUUGUACUUAUUUUCUCUAUUUUACUUCAAACUUUUCUCCUUCGUUUGCUUUCUUUACAUCUAUUUAUCGAUUUAAAAUCUCGAAAAAGACAAGUAGAGAAGAUUCAGUUUCUCUCUCUCUCUCUCUCUCUCUCUCUCUCUCUCUCUCUCUCUCUCUUCAAGGCCGUGAGAUCUGUAGAGUCUCAAGCGGAAACACGGUGA